GGCUAAAACACUUCGAGAGCUUAAAACUCCACACGCAUCGCAUCCAAUCCACCACCCUAAAACAUCCAUCGGAUGUCCUCAUCAGUCAGUCACACCCCUCCCACACCACACACGCACAUAUGCAGACAGACACCAAUCAUACCACUAGUUGGUCCUUCAGCAGGACACGACACGACACAAUCCAAUGCCAGCUGGCAUGGCUGGCCCACACACACACACACACCCCCCGCACCCACUCACUGCUUGUUUGGCUCGACACAAUGAAGCAUGGCCACAUACAUGCAAGUAGGUAAGUCAUUCAUUGACUGAUCGACAGACACCACACCACACCCUGAGUGAGAAAACGAGGGAGCCAGUGAAUGAACGGAGUAGCGAUAGCCAGGCCCGAUCCCUGCCCUUCCCUGCUCUCCCCUUGGCCUGCCCCAGCCAGUCCACAGCCUGGGGCUCAUCUUGGGUUCUAUCUAUCUUGUAUCAAGAUUGUUUCUUGAGGUAAUCCCGCAGCCUCUUGUCCAUCUGUGCGAUCUCUGGGAAGUAGGUGACGAAGCACUGCCCUGUGCACUCCUCCAUCUGCUUCUCGAUGGUUGCACGGUCCUUCUCGUCCUUGGCGCUGCUGUGCGGCUGAGAAAACUUAUUGAAACAAGCGUCCUGACACACCUGAAUGCAGCCAGUCAGUGAGGGCACCACCACACCACACCACACCACACCCCAUGCACCCACCUGACAAUCAGUGACUGCAGUGCCCUCACUGUUUACUGACCUGUAUGGAGUUUUGCAGUGUCUGCAUCUCUCUGUUGAGUGUGGCCGAGAAUUCCUCUGCGGGCUGCUGGCAGUUCUUGAUGCACCUGCCGACGGUCUCAUAGUCGGUACCGGGUUUGUCGAAGCACGCCACGCAGCACUGGAAGGUCUUCUUCUGCAUGGCCAUGCUGUCCUGCGUUAUGUCAUGCAGCGUCUUGUCCAGCGCACUCUGGAAGGCCUUGACCUUCUCCUGAGCCGUCGGCGGUGACGACGACGCCAUGGUUGAACUCUUGCGGCAGCCAAUUCAAAGAUACAACUCGACCUUCACCUCAGGCACACCAUGCACUUCACAAUCUGCGCAGAUCUGAGAGGAGGAGAGAUGCAAUGGUUAC